AUUUCUUUCAGACGUCUACCGACACUCGAACAUGAGAUGUUAUAAACGAAGUUAAGAAUAAAGGACGACCACAUGGAGACAAUCAUAAAAGUAGUGACAAUUGUACAAAAGUACUAAAAAACGUUAUAGUGCACUUACGGUGUCCGCGUGCUAAUGUUGGCAAUUUCGUGAGGGUGGUUAUGUAUUGUUUACGUUUGUUUUCGAGAUGGAGGGCGCCAGAAUAACUUUUAGUAAUCUUAUUAUUAUGAAUUUUGUGGAUGGUGUUAUAAGAUGGUGUAUACAACGAGGGUUGAUUGCCAAAGAACGGCUUUGUAAAAAAUGUUCUCGGCCCAUGAGGCUGAUACAGAGAAGUGACCGAAAUGAUGGUGUCCAGUGGUGUUGCAGUGAAAUAUCCCAUGUUUGCCGCUACAGCAUACGACAGAAAAGUUGGUUUGCGGGAAGCAGGCUGACGAUAGGAGACAUUUUAAAAAUAACGUAUUUAUGGGUGAAGAAGUGUAGUGGCGCUUUCAUUGGUGAAGAGUUACAUUUGUCGAAGCACACUGUUGUCGACUGGCGCAGUUUUUGCCGUGAAGUUUGUGUUAAGGAUUGUAUAGAUAAUGGUGACGUGCUUGGGGGAGUGGGAUCAGUUGUUGAAAUUGUCGAAGCAAAGUUGGCGAGUCGAAAGUUUGGAAGGGUUAAACCUGUUACCGGCGGAUGGGUGUACGGCGGGAUUGAGAGAGGAAGCAACAAAUGUUUCUUCCAAGUUGUUCCGAAAACAACGAAACGUGUGUUUUUAAAUGUACUUAAAAAAUAUGUGCUGCCGGGAACAACUGUCAUUUCCGAUUGUUUCCGAUCAUAUGACUGCUUAUCCGAUGAACUGUUCAUCAGCUUAUCUGUAAAACACAAAAUGAACUUCAAAGAUAGAGAGGACACAAAGAAUGUUGAAGGGACAUGGUCCUCGAUCAAGCGUUAUUUUCGUGGAACGAAUAAGUGCAAGGACGGUUUUGAUUCCCAUAUGUUCGAGUACAUGUGGAGGAGGAGGUGGAGUGAUGAAAACGAUUUAUUUAUAAAAUUUUUGGAAGCAGUCCGUAGAGUUUAUAACCCCGAAUAAAGUUUUGUGCCAUGCUGUUGUUUCUAAUUACUACGUAAAUUAUAGCAAUACCUGUCAA